AUGUUUAUAUUUUCAAAUAUUAAGGAUAAAAGUAAAAAUAAAACUGAAAUAAGAAAUGAUGGAGAUAAUGAGAAAUCUAUUCUAAGAAUUUGUUGUUGUUGUAAUAUAAUUUUUUCAGUUAUUAUAAGCAAAGAUGAGAAUGAUAAUUUGCACUCAAUUUUGGAUUCAUUUUUAGAUGAUGAAGAUGAAUGUUAUUCUAAUCUAUUGGAAAAUUAUUUUUUACAAUUUAUGGAAGUGACUCUUGAGUGUUAUGAUAAUCCAAAAGAGAAUAUUGAAGAGUCCGUUUGUGUUGAAUGUAUUGAUAAAUUAAUUAUGCAAUUUGAGUUAAAUUUAAAUAAAACAAUUGAUGAAACAAAGACAUUAAAUUUAUUAAUUGGAAAUAUUGAUUAUUCUGUUGAGGAUAUUUCUAUAAUAGAUUCAUUAAUUAAAGAUUCUUUAUUUGAUAAUGAAAAAGAUUUACCAGAUAAAUGUAAUUUUAAUCAAUGUAUACAUGACAAUUUAGAUUAUUUUGAAAUUUUAGUUAAGAGACAAGAGAAAGAGAUAAGAUUGAAUAAUAUAUUUAAAUUAGAAUAUAUACAGAGAUUAAUUGAUGGAACUAAUAGUGAUAUAAAAUUUUUGCAGUAUCAUGUAGACUUAUUAAGAAAGAUUAAUAUAUUCAAUACUACUUUUUAUAUUAAUCAAAUAAAUGGAAUAGGUACUAUAAAUAAUUUACGUUUAGGUUUAUUAGAUAAUUCAGAUGAGAACUGGAGAGAGAUAAAUGGUGCAUUAGGUUAUACAAGUUUACUAUUAUGUUGUAUUGCUGAGAAGUUAAAUAUUGAAGUUACUUUAAAUCCAUAUGGUAAUUACUCAACUAUUACUGAUAGAUGUAUCCCAGAAUAUUUAUCUAAUUUUGUGAAGGAAGAAUAUUCAAUUUUACCACUUUAUGGGAAUACUUCAGCAAAUUCAAAUUAUAACCAAUGUAUCAAAUUUGAUAGUGCAAUUAAAGCUUUGUUAUCUAAUAUAAGUAAUAUUGCUAAAUAUAUGAAUUGUAGUGACAAAUUACCUUUUAUUAUUAAUUAUGAUAUGAAUACAAUUGAUGGUGUUAGUUAUAACUUAUUAUUUAAUGAUAAGCAAACUUGGAAUAAUGCUAUGAAAAUGCUACUUAUAAAUUUGAAGUAUUUAAUAAUAAAUCUUUGUGAGAUAGAUCUACAGAAUUAA